UUGUUACAGACAUGGACUUGUAAUACAGCAGCAGUAUUCACUUUUCGAUUUAACUUUGUACUUACGACAAUCACUAUACUUCCCAAACAUGUCUGAUCUAAAAGUCCUCAUAGUGGGUGCCUCCGUCGCAGGACCAACAGCAGCCUACUGGCUAGCCAAAGCUGGCGCCAACGUCACUAUAAUCGAACGCUUUCCAGAGUUGCGCACCGGCGGGCAAAACGUCGACAUUCGCAACGUUGGCGUCUCGGUCAUGCGUAAAAUUCCCGGAAUGGAAGACGCUGUCAAGGCAAAGACCACGGGAAUGGAUGGAAUCAGCUUCGUGGGCGACGACGGCAGACCGUUCGCGACCAUCACCACCACCGGCGAUGUCAACCAGCAGUCGCUCGUGUCCGAGUAUGAGAUCUUCCGCGGCGACCUGGCACAGAUCCUUUUCGACCUGACCAGCAACAACGAGAGGAUAAAAUACAUAUUUGGCGAGCAGAUCUCGUCCAUGCGGCAGACUGACGAGGACGGGCCCGUGACUGUCGAGUUCACCAACGGCCAGCCGGCGACGCAGUAUGACCUUGUCGUGGCCUGCGACGGCGCCACGUCGCGAACCCGGGCCAUGGGGCUUGGCUGCGGUGUUCGUGAUCACAUCAGAUCACUCGAAUGCUGGUCUGCAUACUUCUCUGUGGACAAGGACCUUCUCGAUGGCAGCAAGACGGCACAGGCCUGGACAGCGCCGGGUGGCCGAUUCUUUGGUCUCGGGCCAGAUCCUUCCGGGGUCACUCGUGUGAUCACUCAGAAAAUCCACCCACGCAAUAGCAAGGAUGCGACUUUGCCAUUCAGGGAGGCUGCGAAGCAGGGGAGUGAUGCCCUGAAGAUGUACGUGGCUGGGCAGUUUUCUGGGGCCGGCUGGAAGACAGAGGAGAUAAUCGAAGGGUUGAAGGCUUCCGACGACUUUUAUGCGUCUGAAAUCGUGCAGGUAAAGGUGCCCAGCCUGUUCAAGGGACGCCUCGUCCUGGUCGGUGAUGCGGGCUACGCGCCGGGCCCUACCGGUACUGGCACGAGUUUGGCCAUGGCUGGUGCUUAUGUACUGGCUGGCGAAAUCAGCUUGCACAAGGGUGAUGUGGAAGCUGGACUCCGAGGUUACGAGGAGCGCAUGAGGCCUAUAAUCGACGAUCUCCAGAGCAUCCCCCCAGGAAUUCCCUGGAUUUUUGCGCCACAGACAGCCUGGGGAAUAUGGGUUCGGAACCGGAUCCUUUCUGUCAUUUGUUGGGGGAUGGGUGCUUUUGGUGGUAUUGUUGCCUGGGCUGGUGGGCUGUUCUCGAGCUCAUUUGGCGGCGACAAAUUCGGAUUGCCAGACUACGAAUGGCAUUUUGAGGACAAGAGGGAUCAGUUGUGACGCCGUCUCGGCUUUUAGACGCGCCUGGUAGACGUUGUGUGUGAUUGGGUCAUACUCCGGAGGGAAAACGGGGGCCAUACCUAGGUACAUAUAUACUUUCUUUUCUUACAUAACCUUAGUUAUAGGAUGAUAAUGGUCUAAGGGCAGUAAACUAAUGCACAGUCAUAACCAAA